GCCAGCUCAAACUAAAAGAGUUGAAAGCAUUAAUAGUGUCGAAACGGAAAGAUGAAACAGUUCAAGAUUUUCACAGCGUAACUUACCUUUCCGUUGUAUGGGGAAACAACGUCCGCGCAGAGUAAAUCAGUCAAAUAAAUACUGUUAAAAUCCGUGAAAAAGAAGGCAUUUUGGCGUAAAUAUUACUCGAGCUUUUCUCCGUUAUUCCCCGUACAAUUUUCCCGUCAUUUUGAUCGGUAGCAGUUUUUACUGUGAAAUUUUGGUGGCUUUAGGAACCUGUUCUACAGUAUUUUAUUUGUUUCUGGUUUUCUCUCUGAAUUUGGCGGAGAUCGGCCCCACUGUGCGGUGAACCCUUGAUGCCGCUAAAUUUGAGGGACAUUAGAUUAUUAUGUAGGGGCGAUUGGAGUGUUUGAUUGCAUAGAUAGGGAUUCUAUUUUAUCAGGCGAUAAAAUAGCAGUUGUUUGCAUGGGCGAUCUCCAAGCUUGGCCUCAGCCAAAUGGCAACUUGACAGAAGAAAAGGAAAGUUCAUCUUCAGCUAACCCUAAUCCUUCGUCAAUUGACGGAAAAUUGUGGGCCUUACUGGAAGAAAGGGCUUCUGAGAUCAUUUUGUGCGUACAUCCGACUCUAAAAUCUGAGCAAAGGAGGAACGAAGUUAUUGACUAUGUUCAACGCCUUAUUCAGGGGCGUAUUGGUUGCAAGGUCUUCCCAUUUGGUUCGGUGCCACUGAAAACCUAUCUUCCUGAUGGAGAUGUUGACUUGACCACAUUCAGCAGUAUUUUAAAUAUUGAAGAUAAAUGGGCAAAUGAUGUGCGUGCUGUCCUUGAAGGGGAAGAGACUAGUAAGGCUGCUGAAUUUAGGGUGAGAGAAGUUCAUUAUAUCAAGGCUGAGGUUAAACUUGUCAAGUGCCUUGUUGAGAACAUUGUUGUAGAUAUCUCCUUCAAUCAGCUUGGUGGGUUGUCUACCCUUUGCUUCCUUGAGAAGGUUGAUCGACUUAUUGGAAAAGACCAUUUAUUCAAACGCAGUAUUAUACUAGUGAAAGCAUGGUGUUAUUAUGAAAGCCGUCUCUUAGGGGCACACCAUGCUCUUAUAUCUACAUAUGCUUUAGAGACUUUGGUCUUGUAUAUUUUCAAUCGUUUCCAUGCAUCACUACAUGGUCCAUUGGAGGUUUUGUACAGGUUUUUGGAUUAUUUUAGCAAAUUCGAUUGGGAAAAUUAUUGUGUCAGCUUACAGGGGCCUGUAUCCAUCUCGGCUCUUCCUGUUAUUGUUGCUGAGCCACCUGAAACGGAUGGAGCUGAGCUGUUGCUGAAUGAGGAAUUCCUUAAGUCAUGCAGUGAUUUGUACUCUGUUCUUCCCAAGAGCCAUGAUAAUCAAAAUCGAUCGUUGACCCCAAAGUCCCUUAAUAUUAUUGAUCCGCUGCGGGAAAAUAAUAAUCUAGGCCGAAGUGUGAGCAAAGGAAAUUUCUUCCGUAUACGUAGUGCAUUUGGAUAUGGUGCUCGUAUGCUUGGUAAAGUACUACUUGCUUCCGAGGAAAAGAUUGCUGAAGAACUGGACAAGUUUUUCCAAAAUACUUUGCUGAGGCAUGGCAAAGGACAGCGUCCGGAUGUCCCAGAUUCAACUGUAUAUAGUCCACAAAGCAGACCGGUUGGUGAGAACACAAGUUUUCUGCAAUCCUUGAAGUCAGACGUUGAGCACAAGGAACUUGACAAUAAUGUGCUUACUCAGCGAAUCAAGACUGGUGAAAGAGAUGGGCAUUCUACUGAAUCAUCUGAAAUUGCAGGUUUUGUUCCUGAUGUGGUCUAUGCUUCAAGGCAAUUUGUGGGAAAUGAAACUGGACAAGGCGUGCAAUCGUCUUGUCUUUGUAGUACACUCUCCAAUUGUUCGCCUAGGAUUAAUAAUGAAUUAGCUAGUACAGAAAAUCUGGUCAGUGGAAGCUGGAUGUCAGGGGAUGUGAAAGAUCUUGUCAAUAACCAUUCAGAUUGUUUUAGAAGCAAAUCACCAUGUAUUUUACCGGAGAAUGGAAUUUCAAGACAUUGCUGUUAUUGCAAGGCUUCAGAGAAUAUGAAAAGCAAAGCUGUAACAGUUUCUUUCUCAGAAGAUUCAAAAUUAUUUGCAUCUCAUUGUCAAGGACAGUUGAGCUCUAAAGAUGCAAGGAACGGGGCAAACCAUGGAGGCACUUUAAACUCUUGCAUGGACUGCCCUUGUGAGCACUAUGAUCACCAAUCUGCUAGUUGCAUAGAAAAACUAUCAAUCGACACUGCAUCUAUUCAACAAGGAUGCACGGUGGCAAACCCUAGAUACAUGAUGCCAAAUACUUCACAAAGAGACUUUUUCUCAUCUCAUGUACAAAAUCCAAAAUCUCUUGUUCAGUCCACCCAGCCAGAAUUAUUUCUGUCUGCUCCUGUUGCUUCGGUGUCUGUUUCUUAUCCAUCUGUGCCUGUAGGUCAUCCAGAACCUAUGAAUGUUCAGUUGCAGAAUCCCAAUGCUUUUUUGCAGGAAUCAUCAUUGCAUCUGGGUGAGGUUGUUCAUGACUAUACACUUCUUGAACCCGGGAUUGGUGGCAAUUCUCUUGACAACGGGCCUUUGGAAAAUGGUAAUAUACAAGAGGGAGAAAUCCCUUUGCUCGUGCUUAAACCCGAUCUUAGUUCUACGGUUACUGAGAGUUCCAAACAAGCAAUGUGUAGUGAAGAAAGUUUUAUUGGUAACAGCAAGGUUGAUCAAGAUAACCUUGAUUGUGUUAAUGUUGGGAAUCCUCUUACUAUGAUUGAUAGAGACGGUCAUACCGGUUGUCAUGUUUUAUACCCAGAGAAGAAAGAUGAAGUAUGUCAAUGUCCAGAGCAUUUGCUUCAACGUUCUAUGGAUAGUGACAGUUGUAAUAGCAAUAUGACUACACAAGCUAGUGCCUCACCUUUACCUUCUUUUGGAUGCAAUGGGCCAGCCUACACUGUUUACAGUCAUCCCAUGCAAGCAGAUUACCAAAAGACUAGUUUAGAGGAGUCUCCAUCCAUAUCAGGAAAGCUUUCACAAUGUUCUCUCAGCUCAAACCUCUCUGAGAUAUCCAGAUUAUCCGAUAACACCACUUUCAAAUCUCCCAGUGUUCCAUUUUCAUUGGAUGGAACUCAGCCUAGUUUAGAGUCAGGAUAUUUGUUUAACAAACCUCAAGAAAGCUUGAAGGAUUGGCAAGGUGGCAAAGGUCAUCUACCCAGCUCUCGAAUGCAAAGGAUAGCAGUUGAUGCUUUAAGGUGUCAAAAGCCUGACCUCACUGCUGAUUUUGAUAGUCACUUAAAUAACUUAAAUUUUGGCAAGUGGUGUCUAGAGUCAGGAAUGCAAAGCCCUGUUCUACAACAACCUAUGAUGCCUCCAUAUAUGAAAGAGAAAUACAUUCCAGAUAGUUUUGUGAGGCCCUUCCCUCCAAAUGCAAAUAUGUUUCCCUAUAUCCAUGGUGGCUACAGAGUUGGCCCUGUUUCUCCUUUUUUUAAUGCUUCUGGUUAUAGAGGGUCAAAUGCAGUAAUUUUGCCAGGAAAUUUCCCUGUGGAGGAUUUGCCAAAGCCAAGAAGUGGGACAGGAACAUACUUUCCUAACACGAGUAUUAGUCCUUACAAAGAGAGGCCUUCAAACAGAGGAAGGUAUCAAGGAGCACCUGCUCAGGAUUAUCCUCCUCGUGUAAGUAGUCAAAUGAACAGAUUCCGUAGUAAUGGACGAAACAAAACAACCUUCGACCAACCUUUACACAGGCAGAUUGGAAAUAAGAGCUCUGAUGUCAAUUCAGUAGGUGUGAGAUAUGGUGAUAAGGAGGGUGAUGUAUCCAACUUAUGCAAGAGUUCGUACCAGGCAGCUAGUAACACAGUUUUGAAUCCAAUGUUAGAAUCAGUUUCUCAUGAUGUGUAUCCAUCAUCAAAAAUGACUGGCCAUGCAAAGGUUUCUAUCUCCCCAAAAGCUAGACAUUCCAAUCCUUCAGUUUACCUGAUGCGGUCCCAUUCUACUGGUUCAGGUUUUUCUUCAGAACAAGUUGAGUUUGGUUCAUUGGGACCCGUACCGUUGGGUGCGGUUUCUCCUGUAGUGAAAUCAGAUGAGAGUAGGCAUAUGGAUUCAGACCAGCUGAAUGGGCAGUUGCUUGGUUCAGGUUCAGAAGUUGCCAACACAUCAAUUGAGAGAAUAACACUGAAACCAGGUGCACUUUCAAACAAUGGAAGGGAAGCAUCAUCGAGCUCUCUUUUGAAGGAAGAUGAUUUUCCCCCUCUUCCUUUUCAGAGGCAACACGGGACAAGUUCUGGCAAUGCAGGAAGCAAUGGUAAUUCAAAUAAUAAAGGUUCACAUUGGCAAACAUCUAUGACAACUUCCUGAUUUAUUAUGUGAUACUGUUGAAAGCUACAGGUCUUUCGUCUUGUAAAUUAGCCAGGUGCAGUGAAAGUGUCUGUAUAUUGCAUUGAUAUUUUACCAGUGAGAUUUUCAUUUGCAGCCAAGAUGUUGGGAAUUGUAACAUUGCAAGCCUGUUUUAAUGGGGCAUGGGAGGAUAUAGCCAGAUCCGUUUUUUGAUGUUUUCUUGGUAAAGGUAGAGAAGUUUAACCACAUUUUAUGGGCAAAGUUUCAGCCCUGCCUUUUUGCUCAA